AUCAAGCCAAGAGAAGUAGGCUUUGUGGGCUUGUUAAUCAGCAUGGCCCAAACACUUGGAACGAGCCAAGACCCAAUCCCAUUAUUGCACCACACCUCUCUCAAGCUUCUGCUUUCCCAUUUCAUCUCCGCGCAUUCAAGAAUUUCAGAGGGUUUUACGCUUUCAGCUUCGCCACACACGCACAGGCAAAGAGCAUGACGAAAUUCAGGAAGCUUAAUCGGCCGACGGGCCACCGAAUGUCUAUGCUCAGGACGAUGGUGUCGCAGUUAGUGAAGCACGAACGGAUCGAAACCACUGUGGCGAAGGCUAAGGAAGUCCGUAGGCUUGCUGAUAAUAUGGUGCAGCUUGGAAAAGAGGGUACCCUUUGUGCUGCCAGACAAGCUGCUGCCUUUGUCCGUGGGGAUGAUGUACUUCACAAGCUAUUUACAGAAUUGGCCUAUAGAUACAAAGAUAGGGCCGGUGGAUACACGAGGUUGCUUCGAACACGUAUUCGAGUUGGUGAUGCUGCACCAAUGGCUUAUAUUGAGUUUAUAGAUAGAGAAAAUGAACUUAGGCAGUCCAAGCCACCAGUCCCCCAGCCACCACAGAGGGCACCCUUGGAUCCCUGGACAAGAUCUCGACUCACCAGACAAUUCGCACCACCUAAAGAAGAGAAGGAAUCUGAAUCUGACAAUUGAAUUAUCUUCUCAAACAAUGUAGUUUGAGUUGCAUUUGAGGGUUCUCUUCUCAUCUUCGUAUUGGUAUGUAAAAUUUCUGAGUUAAUAAAUGAAAAAUGGUUUUCUCUCAUCAUCUCAGCGCUAAUGAAUACAAGCUCCCGUUCCAUUGAGGAAUGAAGUCCUCAAUGGAAGAAACUGUUGAGUUGAAAUAUACAUUGUGCCUUAGGUGUGACUUUGAUUUUUUGGUAGCUUCUUCUGUAGGCUCAGAAACGGAGCCACCUCCGUCCGGACAACAGUGAAUGAGGGACUCUGUUAAAGAAAAGGAAGAAAACAUUGUUGAGUUUUGAUGUCUUUAGAUUUGUCGUGUCUUUUGGUUGUCACUUGCAAUGUUCUAUUCGGAGUGGACAUAUGCAUCAAUUAGUUUUGCCUGGUAGAGUGCUACUACGAAACACUUGUAUUUGUUUCUUGGCAUAUGAAUGGGUAUUCACCUUUAA